UAUACACUUUUCCUCAACUUUCCAAACGGUGCAAUGAUGUUCCCCAGUGUUAUUGCGCCACCUGCGAUGUAUCCAGGUUUCCUUCGGCCAUCGGCGACUCUAACUCUGCCUCAGUCUUUGCAAUCCGCAUUCACCACUCAUUCCAGCUUUUUAGUGGAGGAUCUGCUGCGGAUCAGCCGACCAGCCAACUACUUGCAUCGGACAGUCCCUUCGCCGAGCGUGUCUCCGCCGACGUCAGGAACCACCACUCUCAACACCGCUUCAGCUGAUCGCGUUAGCACUUCCACCUCUUUGUCAAGCGGAACAUGCUCAGCACAAACUUCACUUUCCACCAGCAGCGACCCCAACUAUUUGAAGUUUGGAGUUAACGCCAUUCUGGCACCAUCGACGAGAAAUGAAUCGUCGCCUCCUUCUGUUCAGUGCAUACACCCGAAAGCGUUCCCUUUGCCCUAUUUUGACGGAUCGUUCCAUCCCUUCAUCAGGUCAUCUUAUUUCCCAGCAUCCUCCUCGGUUGUGCCUAUUCCUGGUACUUUCUCAUGGCCGCUUGCCGCAAGAGGGAAACCCAGGAGGGGAAUGCUAAGACGGGCAGUGUUUUCUGAUGUGCAGCGCAAAGCUCUCGAGAAAAUGUUCCAGAAACAGAAGUACAUCAGCAAACCUGACAGAAAGAAACUCGCUGCAAAACUUGGCCUUAAAGACUCACAGGUGAAAAUUUGGUUUCAAAACCGAAGAAUGAAAUGGAGAAAUUCUAAAGAGAGGGAGUUGCUGUCUUCCGGUGGGUGUAGGGAGCAAACAUUGCCCACGAAAAUGAACCCGCACCCUGACCUCAGCGACGUUGGGAAAAAGUCAUCAGAGGAAGAGGAUGCAUUUGGUCGAGAGAGCCUGCGCACCACGUUUUGCCACUCACCCACGGAGCGCAAACUCUUGGAUAGUGUUGAAUCACAUCUUUCUUCGCCGUCUCACUCCAGCAAACACUCAGACUUCACAGACUCCGAGGACGAAGAAAUAACCGUUUCUUAA